AUGCAAGCCGUUCGUCAGUGUUCAGCGUGUGCCAGAAGUGCUGCUGGAGGACUUGUAAGGAAUCAGACCACCGACGUUUCACUGCUGCAGACCAGCAGGAGCGUGAUGAGGAGAGGAGCUGCAUGCGUCCGCUUUCUCAGCUCUGACAGCAGGAAGCCUGGAGUCCAGACGUUGGGCGGACUGACUUCACACAUGAGCAUAGCGCCUUUAAGUAUUGACAGCAGGCUUCGUGCUUUCUCUUUCACACAGCAAGUGGAAAACCUCUCACACGACUCGCUGAUCAAAAGAGCUGCUUCAGUGGUUACAGACAGCUCGAGUACUUUCCUCUCCCAGACCACCUUGGCUCUCAUCGACGCCCUUACAGACUACUCAAAGGCUGUGCACUCUCGCAUUGCUUUCCAAAGACGGUAUUUGGCCUCAGUGGGAAAACUGAGUCCAGCGGAGGAGGAUUCACUCCAGCAGGUGAUCAGCAGCUGGCGAGCAGAGGCUAUUGAGAGACUAGACGAAUGCAAACGCUACGAGUCCACCUGGAACAAUGCUGUCAGCCUGUGUGAAAUGGCAGCUGAGGCAGCGUACGCUUCAGGAGCCCAGCAGGCUUCCAUCUCGAUGAGGACGAAUGUUCAGGUGGCCCAGUCGCAGGUGGACGAGGCCCGCAAACUGUCGGCGGAUGCAGAUAAAAAGCUGGCCGAGACGAAAGUAGAAGAAAUCCAGAGGAUGGCUGAAUAUACGGCCCUGAAGAGCACCGAAGAGCACGAGGUGCACGAGGCUUAUCUACGAGAGGACUAAGACAUGGAGAGAUGUUGGAAAACGAAGGAAAAAAAAAAACAUGUCAAAGUGCUGUUGAUUUCAUAGUGAUGUGGAUUCACCUUCAAUAACUUUGAUCGUUCUGCAAUGUUUGAUGUCUGUAAGAUAUUUAUAUAUUUGCGUUUACACCUCGUAAAUCUGACUUUGAAAAGAAAAUCAACCAAAUAGCAAUUUGGAAUUAUUUACUGUUGCAUUGGUCAUUAUUUAAGACUAUUUAUUUGAUUAGUCAACCUCAGCAGAAUUAUGGAAUUUAUAGUGUGUGUUGUGUGACAGUGGGACUUCACCACCGGAGAUCACAAUGUAUGUUUUGUUGUAACAUAGACAUUGUUUUUUGUUAAACUAUUCUAUCGAUUAAUGGUUUUCAGAGUUAAUAA